AUGACGCAAGAAAUGUCAGAGGUAAUGGUGGCACUUCACGCGAUCCAAAAGGAUCUUGAUGAACAGAGGAAAUUGAUAAACAAAACUGCGGAAGAGUUGACAGAGAAGGUGACAGAAAACAUAAACAAAAUAUUUGAAGAAAAAAUUCUAAUUCUCGAAGAAAAGCACGAAAACAUUAAGACAAGAGUGGAAAACCAAGAAAGUAGAAUAUACUACCUAGAGAAACAUGCAAGGCAACGUAACCUUGUAUUCUUUGGUCUACAAGAAGAUGAAAAAUCAUACCAUAGUAUGGAAAUCAACAUAAUAGAUUUAAUAAAUAAACAUCUCCCGAUAAAAAUAGACUGUACGGACCUAGAAGUCGUAAGAAGAAUAGGAAAAAAGACCGAAAAGCCACGUCCUGUAGCAGUUACUUUUGCAACCCUGGGGAAGAAGAUUGGUAUCCUCAAAAACAAAGGAGCUCUAAAAGAAACACCAUAUUAUGUAAAAGAGGACUACCCCCCCUCUGUUCUACAAAGAAGGAAAGAGCUGCAAGAACAAGUGAAAGUCGAAAGGGAAAAGGGUAAUAAAGCUAUCAUUAAAUACGACAAACUUAUUAUAUUAGAGAAUACAGCUAAAAAUAGUAAAAACAAAAAAAGGAGUCUCCCAAACUCGCCGGAAAAUGCCCCAAACAAUUUUUCCCAGAAUAUACCUCAUGUAAGUAAAAAGAACAAAACUGUGUCUGCCCUUACAAAGCAAAAGUGUUUGAGUCAGCCCGAUAACAUAGUAAAACCGGGGAUAUUAAACUACGUGACAAUCAAAAACAAUAAUAACAACGCAAUCAAAGAAUACAGUGUCACCAAAGAUUAG